AUAGAUGAACCAUGUUCUCUUGUUUGGCACACAUGUUACGACAUAAUUAAGGGACUGUGUGAGGGUUUACAUUACCUUCACAAAGGAUUCGAGUAUCCUAUUUACCAUCUGGAAUUGAAACCUACAAAAGUUUUGCUGGAUAAGGACAUGAUGCCCAAAAUUGGAGGUUUUGGUUUCUCUAGGCUCUUUGAUUCAAUAGAAACCUCCAACACAUCAGAAGUUGCAGAAACAAGAGUAUACAUGCCGCCAGAAUACAUCAGUAAACGGCAAAUCACACCAAAGUUUGAUGUAUUCAGUCUGGGCAUUAUAAUCUUGCAAAUAAUGGCAGGAAAGGAGAGCUACACCAAAUGUUUAGAUACUUCCCCCGAAGUAUUUACUGAGCUUGUAUAUGAAUUCUGGGUAAAUAGGAUGCAGGGCGCAAUAUCGAAGCAUACUUCACAUGAAGUUAGAACAUGCGUCGAAAUAGCUCUAAAAUGUGUCGAGUUCAGUCGAGAGAAGAGGCCUACUAUACACGAGAUCAUACAGAAACUGAAUAAGAUUGAUAUUGUCGAGUGCUCAUCUAUAGGUCAGCUAUAUAGAACAAAGGAGUUUCCAUUCGAGUUCUUAGAAAAUAUUACAAAUGGUUUUUCUGAGCAAAACAUAGUUGGCCGUGGUGGAUAUGGAGUUAUUUACAAGGGAGUGCUGGACAAUGGAGAAGAGGUUGCUGUUAAGAAACUUCGUCAAAUGGUGUGGAUUGAUGAUGAACAACUUAAGAAUGAGCUUAAUAAUCUAAUGAGGGUCCAACACAAAAAUAUUGUACGGUUAGUUGGCUACUGCCGCCAUACAUCACAGAUAUUUGUUGUGUAUAAGGGAAAACAUGUUUCUGCUAGUGUGGUAGAAAGAGCAAUUUGUUUGGAAUACGUGCAGGGUGGAAGCCUUGAGAAUCAGCUUUCUGCUGAAUACUGCAGACUUGAUUGGGACAAAUGUUACACAAUAAUAAAAGGAAUAUGUGAGGGUUUACAUUACCUUCAUAAUGCUGAUACUCCUAUUUACUAUCUGGACUUAAAACCAGCAAACAUUUUGUUGGAUAAGGAUAUGGCGGCAAAAAUUGGUGAUUUCGGUUUGUCAAGACUUUUUGAUUCAGCACAAACCUAUAUGACACAAUCCCAAGAUAUUAAAGGAACACGUGGAUACAUGCCACCAGAAUACAUCAACAGACAGAAAAUCAGUCCGAAGUUUGACGUAUUUAGUCUCGGGGUCAUAAUCAUACAAAUAAUGGCAGGAAAGGAGGGCUACUUCACUUUACCAUACACCGGUCCGAAAGAAUUUAUUAAGAAUGUACGUGAAAACUGGCGAAUGAAGGUGCAGGCAACAAUGUCGCCCCAUGCAUCUGAAGAAGUGAGGACAUGCAUCGAAAUAGCGUUGAAAUGUGUGGAAGAUGACCGAACGCGGAGGCCUACAAUAGCCCAGAUUGUUAAUGAACUAAGUAACAUUGGUGUUGCUAAAAGUUCACCCGUUAGUCAGGGGGCGAACAAGCUGACUGUGUUGAAGACCUUGUUAUCAUCUACUCACUUCAAAUAUUGGUUGUUCCUCUUUGUCGCAGUGAUUUCCAUGUUUUUCGCAUGGGCGAAAUUCUGUCCAGAUUCAUGGUGGCAAGGCAUUACAAGGAGGACGUAAACCACAGCACCUACUGGAUGCCUUCAUCUACACGCCAAGAAAGGCGGUAGCAGGGAGAAUAGUUUCUGUACAAGAGCUGUUAGUGUGAUUUCCAUAUUAG